AUGAGAUGUUCCCGCCUAGUGAUUCCGAAGACACUCCAGAAGAGAGCAGUUGAGUUGGCACACGUUGGUCACCAAGGUAUAGUAAAGACGAAGAGCCUCUUACGUGAGAAGAUAUGGUUUCCUGGUAUUGACGCCCUGGUCGAAGAAGAAGUCCGACAAUGUUUACCCUGUCAAGCCGCCAGCAGCCGUGGAGCUGAAAAACCGGAGCUGCUGAAGAUGACGCCACUCCCGAAGUCAGCAUGGCAAGAAACGUCCAUCGAUUUCUUUGGCCCACUACCCGUGCCGACAGCUGAUUACUUGAUGGUACUCAUUGAUGAUUACAGCCGGUUUCCCGAAAUUGAGAUUAUAGCGUCUACUGCAGCUAAGACCGUCAUACCCAAACUUGAUGCCAUAUUUUCAAGACAAGGUAUACCAGAAGUCCUGAAGAGCGAUAACGGUCCACCCUUCAAUGGAAAAGACUUUACAAGAUUUUCCUGCUACCUUGGUUUCAAGCACCGAAAGAUCACUCCACUUUACCAUCAAGCUAAUGGUGAAGCCGAGAAGUUUAUGCAGUCCAUGGCUAAAACUGUCAGAGUUGCACACAUCGCUGGUCAGAAUUGGAAGCAAGAACUGCAGAAGUUUCUUCGCCAAUAUCGUGCCACUCCACAUUCAACGACUGGUGUAUCGCCAUUUGAAGCCCUUACUGGUAGAAAGAUGAAUACACAGCUGCCGCAGAUCACAGCCUCUAGUCCAGCAGCCCGUAGUCCCGUGCCAGAUGCAGUCAUCAGAAACAGAGACGAUAUCCAGAAAGCGAAGAUGAAAGCGUAUGCUGAUAAGGGACGCCACGUUAAGGAAAGCAGUCUUUCAGAGGGUGACGCAGUCUUGGUACGUCAACGAAGACAGAACAAGCUCUCCACUCCAUUCAGCCCUGAUCCCCUCCGUGUAACUGCCAGAGAUGGUAAUAUGGUUACCGCAGAGCGUCCAAGUGGACAGAGAGUGACCAGGAAUGUAACACAUUUUAAGAGCAUUCCACACAGACACAUCAUUCGUGAAGACGAGAAGGAAGAGCUGAUUGACGUCCCGGAGAACGAGGAUACCGAAAUGCUGGUCCCGCCACUUCCUGAUGUUCCAACGCCAGAUGUCGAGACUACCACUUCUAACGAGAUCCCAUAUGCGACUCCAGUAGGCCUACGUCAAUCAACCAGAGGACAUUCACUGCCUGUUCGUUUCAAGGACUAUGUUAUGGUGUGUCGCUAA